GUUGUGCUGCUGGCUCGGCAACCUCUACCCACCUCUAUGUACAACCCAAAAAAAAAAAAUUUCAACCAAAAACUCACCUCUUAACCAACCCGGCCGGCAGAGUCACGCGGUAAGCCAGUGACUCGGACGACAGAAGCGGCGGAGGAUCGUCCGAAACAGUGAAAUCUGCAACAGAGUAUUCCUUUCUCAAGGUAUGGCGGAACAGCCCCCCCGAUCCUCUUUUCCCCGCUGCUCAUUAAUUCGGUUUAGGAGUAAACCAUGGCGAUAAUUCUAUGCAGGAUACUUGAAGAAGGAAUCUUUCAGAUUCUGUUGUUAUUUAAUAAACACAGGUUUGGUUGGCUUCCUCGUGAAUCAUGCCGAACGCGGCGAUUAUCGCCGAGCUUAACAGGAACACUGAAAACCGUGCUAAGUUAAUUGAAGAAAUUGUGAAGUUGGAGAGAAAGAUCUUUCCCAAACACGAAUCAUACGCCGCAUUUUUCGACAACGAACUCAAAAGGAAGAACGCUGGACUUCGCUACCUCCACGCUGAUGGUGAACUUGUUGGCUAUGUCAUGUAUUCUUGGCCUUCUUCCCUCUACGCCUCCAUCACCAAGCUCGCAGUGAAAGAGCAAUGGAGGAAGCAAGGCCACGGCGAGGCACUGCUAAAAGCAGCGAUUCAGAAAUGCAAGACCAGGAAGGUUUCACGCAUAAUGCUUCAUGUGGAUCCCUCGAGGGCACCAGCAGUGAGCCUUUACAAGAAACAUGGUUUUCAAGUUGAUCGCUUGAUUGAAGGUUACUACUCCUUGGAAAGACAUGCAUAUGUAAUGUACUUGGAACUUGAUUCAAAUUGAAGUAGAAAUUGAUAAAAGGAUCUUUUGUUUGUUUUGCCUCAAUGUGAAACAAAGAUCAAUUCUGUAACAUUGUUGAUUAUAUAGGAUUGAAGGUUAUGAUAAACAAGCAGUUCUAAUUUA